AAAUUAAUACACACCUGUGCAGAACCCUCAAAUAAAUAGAAGGGAAGGCUCUGAUAAAUAGACAGUUCCGCUCACCUGCCAUUGAUUUUCUUCAGCCAAUGACAACGCAUCACUUUAUGAAUAUUCAGUCCACUUUGCAUCAAUAACCACUCCCCUUUUCAGCAGGAGAAAGGAAGCUGCUUUUUCGACCUGGCUGAAAAUCUUCCCCUAGAAAGCUCUCAGGGGCCCAGCCCACCAGUAAAGCUGUAUAAGCACAGGGUCGACGGGACGGACGGAAGCGGCGCGCCGUCGUACGGGGAGGUCCGCAGUGACAUCACGAUGAGCUACAAGCCCAUCGCCCCUGCCCCGUCCGGCUCCAACCACACCCCGCCAGGCUCCAGUGUGCCCUCCCCCUCGCUCCCCUCCUCCUCCAGCUUCAGACCAGCGUUCAGUGAUUUCGGCCCGCCGUCGAUGGGCUUCGUUCAGCCAGUGAAAGUGUCUCAGGGCUCAACCUACAGCGAGCUGCUGUCAGUUAUCGAGGAGAUGAGUCGCGAGAUCCGCCCCACCUACGCCGGGAGCAAGAGCGCCAUGGAGAGGCUAAAGAGAGGUAUCAUUCACGCGAGGGCGCUGGUCAGGGAGUGUCUGGCGGAGACAGAGAGGAGCGCUCGCACAUAACCCUUUGCAGAAUCCCUCCAUCCCCCUCCCUUGUCUUUGUAUAGGCCUCAUCUGUGUCCCGUCUUUGUUAUCCUGACUUUUUGUCUGUAUUGCUCCACUGAACUUGUAACCUUUUUUCCCCAUAUAGUCUCUCACACCGCCUACGGGGUGUGUUCAGAAUGUGUAACACAUUUUACAGUUGUAGGACAGUUCGCUCUCAGAACAUUCUGUAGCUUAUUUCAGUUUCAUAGGCAUCACGAGGGGCUGGUAAAUAUUUUCUCAUUUUGGUAGUCCUGUUCAGUGGCGGCGAGGUGAUAGUGCUGUCAAAUAUUUUUGAAAACUAUGCCACAAUGAAAUGAGGUUGAUACUCUGACUUUCUCUCUUAGCUGCUAUACUGACACCACUCUACAUCCAAAGGUUUAAUUCCACAUUGUUUUACAGUAAGAAACGCUUAAGCCUUGUUCGCACUGCAGGCCUUAAUGCUCAGAUCAGCUUUGUUUUUCAAAUCCGUUUUGGAAUACUUCACUGUCCAAACGGCAAGUUAAGUGACCAAAUUUGGAUUUUUGUGUGUUCAGACAGCAGUCAUGUGCUGACAUGGCUGUGCUAGUUGUCAUAGUAAUGACGACUGUGCGCGUUCCUUCUUCCUAUCACUCAGAAGUUAUGUAGCAAGCUAUGGUGACAAUGCCUGCAAUGGAUGUUCUCCAGUUGCUUUGAAUGUUCAAAAUCAUAGUGUAAGAACACGUUUAAAGCCUCGAAAGGAUAAGGCAAUCCAACUUUGAAAACAUGUAUUGUUUGGCUAGCCACAGCAGUCAACUAACGAGGUAGCCCUUUAUCUUUCUAGCACAUUCAUUAAUUUGUAAACAAGCUAGUUAGUUACCACAUUCUUGCCAAACUGUCAGAGUAGCUAGGACGCAACAAGAUAUGCCAAAUAAGUUUUUAUUUAAAACAUAAGGGCAAAUCAGAUUUGACCAUUCAGGCACAAGUCGCAUGGCCAGGAAUCAGAUUUGUAUCUGACCUCAAACCACCUAAGGUGGCUUGAAAUAUCCUAUUCCAUGUGGGGUUUUUUGGCUGUUCAGACUGCAGGAAAAAUAACAUUUUGAAUCAGAAAUGCAAAAAAAAAAUGUAUUUGAUGUGAACAAGGCUUUACAGUAUCUUGAAAAUACCCCGUUCUCUGUUCCACAUGCUUCCACCCUACACACAUUUUCUGUCAUGGCACCCUCUCUUUGCCACAUACAGUCAAGCGUUCCUUGCCCUUCAUCCUCCAUCCAAUUAACUAUUACCUCCUCCCUACACAACUGAAAUCAGUUUUGUUAGUAUGGCAAUUUUAUAAACCCAAUUUUUGCAGUUCUGUACUUGAAGUGAAUGAAAUUAAAAGUUAGAAAAGUUUUCCAAUUAAAAAAAGCGAGUGUUUUUCAUUUGUAUGUAGUGCACAGGAGGUUGGUGGCACCUUAAUUGGGGAGGUAAUGUCUGGGAUGGUAUCAAACAUGAUUUCCAUGUUUUUGAUUCCAUUUCGCUUGCUCUGUUCCAGCCAUUUAUGAGCUUUCCUCCUCUCAGCUAUGAGUUGUCCUCCCCUCAGCAGCCUUCUGUGAUGUAGUGCCUAUAAAGUCUACACGCCCUUGAACUUUUUA